UUUUUUUUUUGGGUCUCCUCCUAUGCCAUCGUUGAUGUCUUGUUCUCUUUCCUUUUUUUUUUCUUUUUUUUCCGUCAACCAUUGUUGCAACGCGGCAACGGUUGGGUAUGCUCAGAUCCAAUACAUAAACGGGGUUUUGGUGGAGAGGUGGUCUGGCGUUUUGUGUCGGUGUCUUCGGUGGUGGCCUCGAUGCUCCGGCUUCUUGCCUGGGUGAGUGCUGUUUUGUUCUUUGAUUUUCUUCUUCUCCUUAGCUGGAGUCUUGGCGCGGUAUGUCACGGGCCUUGCCGGAGCGGGAUGUGCACCGUGUCCCGGGGCUCGUUUUGGUCUGGGCGCCGAGGAUACUGGACGUUGACGGAUAUCCAACUGGGGGACAUACAAAGCGUUGGCAGGUUUAUGCGGCGGGCGGGAAGGGACCCGGUGAUGGACCAUAGGGGACGUGUUCCGGGCUGGUUGGGGAUGGAAUUGUACAAAUCUAGGCCAGGGCAAAGCUGCCCUGAGCUCUACGAACUCUUGAAGGUGCUCGAGGACAUCCUGGUUCGGGUCUCCAGGUGGCGUAGAUUGAUGCAGACCGAAAGCCUAGAGAUGUUCUCAACUCCCCAACACACACCCCCUCCCCCACCCCCCAACUCUCCCCUUUUCUGACAGAUGAGCGGCGAUGCAAUGGGGUGGCCUUUGACAUGGGGUUCCGAGAAUAGACGGUUUUUUUUAGGUGUUUUCUUUUCGCCUUGCUUUUUUUCUUUAAUUUCUUUUUCUUUUUUUCUUCUUUUUUUUCCCUUUCCUUUCCGUUCUUUUUCUUUCCUUCUUUCCUUCCUUUUUUCCUCAUGUUCC